AUGUCAGAUAAGUCAAUCGCGAUUUCGGAGGGGGAGGAGCGAGAAGGGUCGGAGAAUGGCUCAUCGCGCGGCGGUAGCAUUUUGAACUACUCCGGGUGGGUGUACCACUUGGGCGUCAAUUCCAUCGGCCACGAGUACUGCCACCUCCGCUAUCUGACGCUCAAGGGCAAAUACAUCGCCAUGUACAAGAGAGACCCCCAAAAUGACCGCAGCAUUGUUCGUUCUCCUAUCCUUUGUCCGAAGUUUCUCGGACCCAACAUUGCUUUUUUCAAUUAAAAUAGUUUCUGAUAUAGUGCCUAAAAUCUUCGUGGGUAUUGAUGGCUGACUUUUAAUGCUCGUAAAGUUUAGGGAACAAAAGUAUCGUGCCACCUCCAGGAACUUAAAUUUAGCAAAUGAGUCACGGAGGAAAUUUGACAUGUACAGUUUAGGUAUUUACUUAGGCUUAUGAAUAACUAAUAGCAAGAUCAUUCGCCAUGGAGACAUACUUAAUUCUCAAUAAUUUAAUCAAAUUCUACAAGCCAAUCAUCAUGUCUUUUGUUGGUCAUCUUUGAAAUUCCUUUUUAUGGUUUAAUUUUAUUUAAAGAAACUAAUGUCUAUUUACGCUGUGUUAUCCGUUCGGAUUUUAUAGUAGAUUCUGAUAUGUGCGAUUUUGGAGAUUUUCUUACGAGUAGUGAGGAAAUUUGAGUGAGGAUCUUAAUUUAUUUUCAUUCCAGUGUUUUUUUUUUUCCACUAUUUAUUCUGCCUUUUUGUGCUGUAAGGAUAGGUUAAUGCUAUCCUUCCACCAUUUAGUAGCAUUGUCUUCGUAUCUAUUCUGCCGUGCACGAGAUCUUCAAGGUUUAUACAUAUCCAUUGUUAGAAAACGCCUCCAAAUUGAAAAUAUUAUUGGCAAUAUACGUAAUUUUGUUGUUGAGGUCUUGUAAGAAUAAGUUAUUACAUGAUUCUUGUGUCUGAAUCACGUUUUGGCUUCCAUUCCAUAUUGAGUUCUAUGUUUUGAUAGUCCUCAACUCAAAUAUUUUCAUCAUAUUUCUUACUGAUUUUACCUUAUUAAUCUUUUUCAUAUUGAAAUUUGAAUCCCGGCUUGCUACCUUGGCUGACAUAUUCUCCCGCUGAUAAAUUUAUCGUACAUUUAUUUUUUGCAGAAGCCUAUCAGGAAGGGUGUCAUUAGUCAUACACUUAUGGUGGAGGAUCUGGGACGCAAAAAAAUCGACAAUGGGGUAAUAUCAUAAAAAAUGACCGGAUGGUUAUAUUCCUCUACUUGAUGAAUAUCCAGCAAAGUAUUUUGAAUUUUCUAAUAGUUGAGAAUUUGUUUUUCCUAGGAUUUCUAUGUUCUGAGAUUUUACAACCGGUUGGAUGAGACGAAGAAAGGAGAGGUAACUCAUAUUUUUAUUCAUACCUUGAUUCUUCUUGAUUUUAUUGGCUUAUCCCCAUCAAUCUGAUUUCAGCCUAGGGUCUGGAAGUCAACCCCUAAAUCAAGUUCUGACCAAUUGCCAAAUUUGGGUAGCUAGGCAAAUAUGAAAGUCAAUGAAUGAUGCUACAUACUAAUUAAUCACUUUGUCUACGUCCUUACGUUUUGAUAGUCUGGCAGAUUAAGGCUAUGUUAAAAUUUCCUUGAUACUCAUGCAUUCACAUUAUCAGUUGUUACUGUGGCGGAGGCUGUGGCAACAAGAGACAGUUCGGUUCCUCUAGAAUACAGGCAUUCACCUUAGUGAAGUAAAUGACCUUAAGGCCAGCUCUUCUUGACGGAAUUCUGCAUUAGUAUGCCCAGAAGAAGGAAACAACAAUAAGCUCACAUGAAAAGAUACCAUGUAUGUAACCACGAGCCACUUAUCUUAUUCAAUUGGAGACUAUUAUGACAUGUCCCCUCUCAUGCAUGAUGAUGCUCUUACACUCUCUCAUUCAAGGACUGAAGAUAAGAAGUGCAGCCAAGAAUAUGAAAACAAUGUGAAGGAAUCGGAUAAAAACCAAUUGACAACGAGAGAAAGAGACCGAUAUUUCUAAUCACAUUAGUUAGCUAUCUCAUUUAGUAUGAGACCAUUUGGCCAGUAUCUAGUACAGCUCAAACCUGAGUUCAUCACUUAAAUUAUGGCUACUUGAUGUAUAGAGCAGAACUGGCAACAUGCAAUUAUGUUGCUUAUGGGACGAUGCAGAAAAUCAGUACACGUGACAAACUAAAAUGACUAACACCUUUAUCCACCACCAUGGGUAGAAUGAAGAUUUGGCUUAUAUGAACGAUACAGUGAGGAGAGAGCUGGUACUGAUCUAUAAUUAUGGUUUUUGUGUCAUCAACUAGUUGUUGCAUAUUGCUGAUGAUAUCACAAAUGGUAGUGGUAACCUGGGACAGGAGAGGUAGAAGAGGGACAAACCAGUGUAUGGAUUUGUUAAUGUGUUGGCAAAUAACAUUUCAUCUGGAUAAGAAUAGAAGAAGAAGAUGUGACACACUCUAAACUGUACUCAUCACAGCUUUGAUAAAAAUUUGAGUGAGAUGUGUUUCAAACUGUGGUCAGUCAGGCAGAUGAGAGUUAUGGAUUAAAAUGAUAAAUGCUCCAAAACCUGACUGGCAGAUGAGUCCUGUCACUCGCCUUAUAUAGCUUUCCGGACUUCAUGAUAAUUACUGGCGCACACAUGAUAACUGAUGCACGCACACGUUAUUCCCUUUAUAAUGUAUCACUUUACCUCGUUUCAUCUUGGUUUCACUGCCAAAGGCUUUGACUUGUGUAUUGUAAUUGUGCUAGAUUGCUUUUGCAUCGGCUGGAGAAAUGGGGAAAUGGAUGGAGGUAUUUGAUCAGGCAAAACAACAGGUAUGGAAAGCCUUUAUAUAUGAUCUUGGAUAAAUACUGUGGGCAAUACUGCUGAUAAUCUUAUAUGGUUUCAUUAUCCUGUCAUUAUCAUCUCUUGAUGUAUUUAAAGACCGAAAAAAUAGUGUUGUGAAGGAAAGCCAAAAGGAUGUCUGUCAAAAGGAUACAUCACACCUUGAAAAUCCUUAAAUUCACCGAAUAGAAAAUCUUUCAAUGCCAAUUAUGAAGUUAAUUCCAUCAAGGCAGGCACAAUGUAGAUUAUCUGGAGAAAGUUCCUUUAUUUUUUAUAUGCUCAUAAUAAUCAAGCUAUUUUCCUGUUGAAUACUUUGUGUAUUGUUUCCUCUUUUGUAAAAUUUUACGAAGAAGAUUUGUAUUUUUUCCCCCACAGGCUGUGUAUGACAUCUCUAAAGGGGGCUCUAAACAUGUAUUGACUAAUGAUAAUGAGUAAGCUUGAUAUUACUAACUCACAUGAAUUAGUGUCUUCUCUAUAGGUUUUCCUUUUCUUUGAUUAGUCAAAAGCUACCUUCAUCCUGAUGGCCUUCCUUUUGGGUUCAGGCUUAACCUUGAAGGUCACCGACCACGUGUAAGGCGGUACGCUCAUGGAAUAAAGAAAUUUAUAAGAAUUGGUAGAGGUGAGUGGCAUUGCUCUUUUAUGAUCUCUCUGUCAUUUUCUGAAUUAUUGGCCUCAGGAAAGGUCUAAGAAAAAAUAAAAUAAUUUAUCCCUAUUUACUGAUGGCAAAGAGCUGACUUUUUCUGUGUCCUCAGAUUUAUUGUAUAAAGUAUCCAGUUAUUAUCAGUACUGCUUUACUACUAAAUGUGGAGUAGAUGCUUACUUUAUGUGUCUCUCAGGCCCAGAGAUGUUGCUCCGCAAAUCUUCAGAUUUAGGAAGCAAUUCUAGGACUCAGGCUUACUAUGAAGGAAAUGUUGGAGAUGCAAUUGAGGCUCAUGAUUGGAAAUGUGUUCGAACUAUCAACGGUACCCUUUUUCUCAGUAUGUUAAUUAUUUAUUAUACUUUAAUGUUAGGAUUCAUUAUAAAAAAAAAUUCGCUUGGGUUCUCUGGCAAGGCUUGAGUUAUUAUCAUUUUUUUCACGUGUUGACUAGAAUUCUCUGUCUGUUCCGAUGACCUUUCAUUGGGCAUUGAUCCUAUUUUAGGAAAUGUCUCUUUCUGUGGAAAAAAUUAGCAAUAGUCAACAAAGACAUAUAUCACUCUUUGCCUUGCUCCGAGUAUCAUUUUACUUAUAAACCAGAUUCUAUCGUCAUCAGAUCUAAGAUUCCUACUGCCUGGUUACGGAACAUGCUGGAUUAUCAUAAGAUUUUGCAACAUAAAGCCCUUAACAAGAAUAUUUAUUGGAAAAUUUUGCACAAUCUUAACAAUUAGGAUAUGGUUUGUCCUUUGCCUUCCACUUAUUUGCCGUUACAGUUACUGACAUCUUUGUUUUCCUCUUAUUUCUGAAUUUUCAGGCAUUCGAAUAUUUGAGGACGUGGCCAACCCAAAGGUGCUUUCAUGUUACAUAUGUUGAACACUAGAUUUUAUUGAAAAUUGUUGCUCAAACAAAUAACUGGCCUUAUGAUAUGCAUGUAUGCCACCUCACCCUUAUAAGUUUGCAAGUUUUGUUCAUUUUCUUACUUCUGUUUAAAGUGCUUGUAGCAUUUUUUAACUUACGACCAGAUGAUCCACGCAGCUCUUUGAUAAGAUGCACAAAUAUACUAGUAAUGGGUGGCUGUAUCAUUUGCCCAAUAAUUGGAUUUCUGUGAGAAUACCUUCAUUUAAGAGGUGGUAAAUGAUGUGCUAAAAUGUUCUUCCUCCAUACUUUGUUGUAGGCUAGCAAAAGCUUCAUCGUGAAGUCUGUUGGUGUUAUUAAUGCAAAUGUCGAUUCAGUCUUUGAAGCAGUUCUUAGUGUUGAGAAGCACAAGAGAUCUGAGUAAGUUGGCACCGGUUCUUUUAGGCUGAAUAUCCCUUUUCAUUUAUACUUAAAAAUAAUCUUUGCAGGUGGGAUAUGAUUACUGGUGACCUGGAGUUGGUUGAUUCAGUAGAUGGGCACUAUGAUGUUGUCUAUGGAACAUAUGAACCCAAUCACUUAAGUUGGUAAAUUUCAUUAUGAAUUUUUGCUUAUAAUACUUCUGAUGUAUUAUGGUCUAAAAGGAUUGAAUUAUGCAGUUGUUUGCGCUUGUUUAUACCAGAUAACUUUUCCCUCAUUACUGCAUAUCAGUUGUCCUCAAAAUUCAUUUUUUUGUAAUUUCAUGUGAGAGGUCCUUGAGAAAUUACAAUAAAAAAUUGGUCAACGAAAUUGGACAAGUCGUGCUAUGAGUGCAUGCCUUUAUAUUGAUAAAAGUCUGCCUUGGAAAUGAAAUGUAUGAAGUCCUCUCGCCAUCAAGUCUAAAAUUUCAAUUACUAAAGGCCCAUACAGACCUGCCAUCAAGUUACGUAAAGCGAGAGAAACAGUAUGCCUUCCACUUGUCAGAUUCUUCACCAGAAACUCAUUCUAGAUUCACAAAUCUUUCUCACAUUUCUUUCUCAGCUGAAGCAAGGCAUUUGAUUGGUCAUUAUCCCCCAAUAUCCUCUACCUGUCCUUACUUUAUGUCUCUUGUCUGUAAAAAGGCAUCAACCUUUUCUCUUCUCCAUUCCACAAAGGCCCUUAUUGUUUCAUGUGGUGGUCUUCGUUGCACCACCAAUUUUGUAUUUUUUCUUCGUGCUUCACCCAUCCAAUGUUCUUUAUUUUCAAAUUUUCACUCUCUUCCUACAUUGUUAUCCUCCUCUUGCCGUCCCUGCCCUCAUUGAGGUACCCAACUUUUCUUGAUGUCCCUGAAACAACGAACUUGGAUACACUUGUGGACCCCAUUGAUGGGGAAUCCAAUCUUUUUGCUUCUUCCUUUAUUUAUUCCUAUUCAUUCCUUCAUAAGCUUAAAGCACUGCUUAACUUCCUUGGCCCUGGAUCUCUCCCAUGUCCUCUGCAUCUCCUAAUACUCCUUGUAGACCUUUGGCCUCUUGUAGCUCCUUCCCUCUCCCGUCCCACCAUCGUCUCUGCUUACAUGAAGAUACCCCUCUCCUGUCCCAUCAUCUGCAUUAGCGUCCAUGAUCCACUUCUAUCCUGGAAUGAUUUGAGCCAUCUGCAGCAUUGCAUGAGUGAAGGAAUGUUCCCAAAUCGAAUUCAUGCAUGGUUAAAGGCGUUUGUGCGACAAACAACACUUUGGUUGCUUGGCCCAUCUUAUUACUUUUAAUUGCACCAUGGUAUCUGAAACUGGUUUGACAGCCGCAAUGGCCAAGCCUAAUCCGGUCCAGAUUAUGACUACAUUGGCCAAUCAUUGGAUCCAAGGGGUAACAGAUUAAGGAAAUCAUUGUUUCUGCAAAAUAAUAAACCCCCUGAACAAAAAGCUACUUUCAAGUCUUAGUUUUGAAACACUAAAAUUCUUAUUCUAGCGGAUAAUGGGUAUCCUCAAUUAUGGCAUUUUAAGUUUUGCCAUCUAAACUUGUUUUAUGGCGGAUUUAAUUUUUAAAUCUUUUCAUCUUUGGAACUUUAUAAGUUUUCCUAAUCCUCUUCUCACUCCAAUGGCUUGAACACUUGUCUACUAUACAUUAACAAGUACAAAGAAGAUGAUUGACCAUUUUUUUGCUUACGUACUUAUAAAAUAAAUGCUCAUCUUUAAGCAUCAAAUUUUAGCGACUUUAAUGUCAUUUAUGAUAGUGUUGAUGAGUCAUAUGGGUGUACCUUAAUGUUUAUCACUCUGAUUGCAGUGUAUUUGAUAAGAACCCAGAUCAAAGAACUACGGAUAAUUCGUAUUAGAUGAAAGAAACAAUCUCUAGAACAGAAAUUCCAAAGAUAAAGCACAGUAAAAGAAUCCAAAACAGAUGGAGGGUUGCAUACAACCUUCUAACCCUUUCUUGUAGAUUCACGAGAUAUAACACCGGUUUUCCUUUGCUCCCCCCUUCCUUCCUACUCCGCCCAUCCUUAUAUCUUCUCCUUUCCCUCUCUUAUUUAGGCAAUUAGUCUCCUGCCAUAACUACUCUUGCCAUAACCGCUCUUUGCUAUAAUUGUUCCUUGUCAUAUUAUUCCUUGCCAUAACUGUGCCUUCCCUCAAUCAUGCUAACCGUUAAUGACUUAUUAGGCUUUGGGCCUUCGUCCUUCUAGCAUAUGUGCAUGAAGCCUUAUCAGUAUUCAUACUAGUAUGAGCAAAAAGUAUAUAUUUUUUAUUUCUUACCAUCUUUCUCCAUGGUAGCCUAUCACCAAAAAAUGUAGAUACGAUCAUCACUUAUAAUUAGAUUAAUGUCAUAAGGCUUUCAUUUAUUUGUCAAUGGUGAUAUUUUUGGUCUAUUUCAACAUAGAACUGGGUUAAAGAAAUUAGGAUCUUUGCAAUAACUCUUUGAUAAUUUAUUGAUCAAAGAGAUUUCUAUGUUUCCGUAUUUUCAGGUGGCAAUCUAAAACAGAUUUUGUUUUCUCUAGACAAUGGUUCCGUGAGCAAGAUGGAGGAGGUUAUAGUAAGCAUCUUUUCCUUAAAUCCAGACUAAGAAAAUUACUACUGUAUGUGCAACUCUUGUUGAAUAACAAGGGAAAAAAUCUUCUUCUUUUUUUCAUAAUUGUUGUAAGAGUCUCAUAAUAAUCAAUGCUAAUGUGUAUGUAAAUAUUUUCACAAUUAGUCUUGCAUUAAAUUUAUUAAUAGUAUCAUCUACCUAAAAUUUAAUUGUGAAGUCUCACUUUAAACUUAGUAAGUUGUUUUUUUUAGCUCCAAAAUUUCAUACUCUUUAGGACUUUCAUUACAUCUGCAAGAAAAGUGGGGAUGGAAGAAGAGGGUGAAGUGGAAAUACAUGAGUAAUAUGAAGAUAAGAUUCGAUCAUGGUAGUGAUGUUUGGAUAUAAGAUGCUUACUAUGUGAUUUAGUUUUCUUUCCAAGUAUAAUAAGAUGAUUGAGAUUAUCGAUAGUGAAAGGUUCAAGAAUAUGAGGUUGCUUAACUUGAAUUCAGUGGCUUAAAGACUAUUUUCUUGUGAGUUAUCGGUAGGAACUACCCUUAUACCUUAUUAAGUUCGUUGUUUUAUCUUCUGGCAAGAGAAUGGGAAGGCAGAGGACGCCAUUCUCUCUCUCUCUCUCUCUCUCUCUCUCUCUCUCUCUCUCUCUCUCUCUCUCGCGCGCGCGCGCCUCAAAGUCUUUCCCACAGAGAACUCUGUGAAGCUAGGAAACAUGAGUCAGGCUCAACCAUGUAUUGCCUUGGAUGUCAUUUUCCUUCCUUAUUUUGGGAUUAAGAUGUUUUUACCCCUUUUGAGAGAGGAGAGUAGCAAAAGAAAAUUCGUUCGAUGUCCUUGGAGAGGCCCGAUUCGGGCUCUCCUGUUCCUGAGGAUCAAUCUGACCUCAGGAACUCACCCUACAGUCUGCGAACCUCUAUUGCUUUUCUAAUUUCCAUUUUAAUUGUUCAAUCUGGUUCUUCUAUACAUAGAGAUCUGAUUCCCUGAGUGAGCCUUGUCUAACGUGAGAUUAGGGUGAAGAUUUUGCCCCAAAUCUUGAGAGGUUCGUAACAUUGGUAUCAGAGCAGACAUCCUAGUCUUUUUUUAAGGACAUUUUGGUGUGAACUACACAUACUACAGGGAAUUGAACUCAAAUUCAGCUCCUCUUACCACCCUCAAACAGAUGGACAAACUGAAGUCGUCAAGAGGUGCUUAGAAAAUUACUUGAGAUGUGUGGUAUUUGAUAAAUCAAAGCAAUGAAAAUUAUGGCUUCAUUGGGCAGAAUAUAGUUACAAUACUUCAUAUCAUUCUUCCACUAAAAUGACUCCUUUUCGAGCAGUAUAUGGCAGGGACCUGCUGAAACUUAUCAAAUAUGGAACAUCCCCUUCACCACUUAACGCCAUCGAUCAACUACUCACGGAACGAGAUGCUAUUCUUAAGAUUUUGAAAUUCAACCUGCACAAGGCACAAGUGAGGAUGAAAUUUAAUACAGAUAAGCAUCGUUGAGAAGUGGAAUUAGAGGUGGGUGAUUUGGUCUGUCUCAAGAUCAAACCAUACAUGAUGAAAUCUCUGGCAAAAAAGGAAAACGAGAAGUUAAACCCUCGCUAUUUUGGUCCGUAUCCUAUUAUGGAAAGAAUUGGACCAGUGGCAUAUAAACUCCAAUUGCCCGACCAUUCAGCUGUUCAUCCGGGGUUCCGUAUAUCCCAGCUUAGGAAGACACUAAGAACAGACAAUAGAAGCCAACCAAUUCCCCUGACACUAUCAGAAGAACAAGAAUGGAUACUCAUUCCAGAUGGCAUAAAAGCUCACAGGUCGGCUCCUCAAGUCACAGAGAUUUUAGUUUCAUGGAAACAUCUUCCAGAGUUUGAAUCGUCAUGGAUGACAGUAUCAGCAUUCCUGUGACAAUUUCCUACAUCUCACCUUGUGGACAAGGUGAAACUCAUGGGGGGAGUAAUGUUACGAAGCCAACCGUUGUCUACACAAGACGACCUAGACCCCCACGUGGAGGGGGGACCACAACAGAAUAAUGUACUAAGGCCUAUAAAUAUAAAAGAGGCCGAAAUAAGAGGGGGGGGGGGGAGAAAACAGAGAGUGGAGGGGGAGAUCUGUCCCUAGAGAGGUCCGAUUCGGGCUCUCCUGUUCCUGAGGAUCAAUCUGACCUCAGGAACACACCCUACUGUCUGCAAACCUCUAUUGUUUUUCCAAUUUCAUUUUCAAUUGUUCAAUCUGGCUCUUCUAUACACAGAGAUCUGAUUCCCUGAGUGAGCCUCAUCUAAGGUACGAUUAGGGUGAAGAUUUCGCCCCAAAUCUUGAGAGGUUUGUAACAGCUUCAAUGAGAAUAGGUUUUGGUGAUUCUUCAUACACCUUAUAACUUAAUCACCAAUGUACAAAAGAUUAGUUCUCAACAACAGGUAGGAGCUACUAACUAAUGGUAUCAUUAGAAACUUGCAUCUUUUUUGCAGCUUUUUCGUGAUCUUUUGUACUCUUUGAGUUGUUUUUACUUUUAGAUAUCAUUCGCCAUCUAGAAAUUGCAUUUGAAAAAAAUGUCUCGUUAAAUUGUAAAUUGCAUGAUAACUUGCGCCUUAAAAGGUUGUUGCAAAGAAACAACUGUCUAUUGUUUUCUGUUAAUUGUCAGAGGAUGACCCUGUUCAUUUCUUUCUCUAAAGUUUACCCUUAUUCAUAUAUUGGUUCUUUGCAGCUAUUUUGCAGGCUCCUGCUAUCCACAAGAAGAAACCUCCGAGAACUUCUUAUCAGAGGAUUAAGAUAAAUUGUAUGAUUUCUAUUUGGUUAAUUAAUGAUUUUCAUCGUAUGUAUGAUGCUUUCUUUUAUUCCAUGUUUCUGAAACUGGACAAUCUUUGAUAACUAAGGAACCUCUAACCGUUGUUGUAUGUUUGUUUUCUAUCCAGUGUGCUAACUAGGGUUGCAAUGUUACUGUGAUAGAAAUAACUAGUCUAAUGAGAAAAAUGUUAUUUCUUCAUCUUCGAGCUUCAAAAGACAGCCAUUUUUUCCUUUGGAGCACAUCUUAUAUUUCAGUGUAUGGAACUGUAAUUAGUGUAUAAUGGAGUACCUGCUCUUGUUAACCACCAUAGUGUGCCCAUUUUUGUCUCUCCUAUAUGUACAUCAUUUAAGGAGAUUAAUGAGAUAUAAAAGAGUCAGUCGUUAGUACUGGUUGGAGUUCUUCAGUUGAAAUCCAAUGAUGACUCCAAAUUUUCUGUUGAAGCUAUUUUCUGUAAAAUAUCUAUUUGCCUGCUUUAAAUUUCUUCCUUAUGUCAUUUAAGGUUUAAGAAAACAGUCAUUACAUUAAGACAAAGGAUCCUUGCAGUCAAAGUAAUUCAGUUGAGUUUUUUUCCCAGGAUGUAAAGAACAUUGGUUUCCUUGCAAUACCAUCAUUGACGAGUUGAACCCACGAAUAUUUAUAUUAGGAGAAAUUUACUGGCUAAGAGGGGAGUUACUGACCAUAGAAAUGAAUGUGAUCUAACUGCAAGAUCAUUGCUUGUAAAAUGUUACUGUCUCAUUAAAAAAUAUAUAUAUGCGAGAAAAUUGCGCAUUUUAGGAGUAUUCAGUAAUCCUUCAUCUAUGAUGAUGGAACAACAGUGUCCCCAUUUUGUGACUGGUAGAUUUUCGAGCAUUCUACAUGUAUAUUAACUUAUUAAUUCCCUGUGCUUUUUACAGUAUUCUGUGUCAGUCUUGUUCCCAUGCCAUUUAUCUUCUUGAUGGUAGAAUACAUUUCUUCAAGAAAAGUUUAGUCACUUUAUUUUGGACAAAAGUUAGCCAUCAAUUUUUUAAUUUUAUUUCAUAUAAAUUUUAUAAUGUGAUAUCUAACUGUUGAUAGCUACCAUCUAUAUCGUAAAAUUACUUUAUAAUGACAUGAAAACGGAUAUGCUUGUCGGUGCAAUGUCAACAACUGUCUUUGUUAAAUAAUAUGCUUAGCUAAUAAAAAAGCUUUUAUUCAUGCAUCGAGAGUACACUUCCUUGUGUUUACUCGCAUUAAUGCUGGCGCACUUGUAUGUUCGUACUGGCCCAUGUUUGUAUAGUCCAUUGUUUGAAAGUUUCAACAUGGCUAUAACAGAUAGAACUGCAUUUUAUCCCAGGUGAAAUUAGGAUAUUCUCUGUUAGUAGAUACGCUAAUACAUUUCGGGAUUUUGGGAUUGUUCAAAAUUCAUGUUAGGAUAGCUAAUCAUCAAUGAUUAUGCUGAUAACUAUGGGUGAGCAGCUUUGGACGGGAAAUGAUUAAAUUUUGCGUUGUUGUUUUCCAAAUAACCAAGGAAUUAUCUUUUCCCAUCUGAUAGUAUGCAUUAUAGUCUGAACUGUUCCAGCCAACAGGAACAGAAAUGGAGGAAACCUCUCGAGCCAGUGUCCUAAGAGUAACUUGUCUUUUUUCGAGGAAUACCUAAAAUAUGUGCAUCUAAGGCUUUAGUCUCUAGGCUACGCUUUUAAAUGAGAUUAUCAUUUCUUGAACACGUUCCUAAUUUCACAUUUUGAAACAAAUCGAUUUUACCAACACGUAUGGUCAUUAUAAAUGAAUAUCCCUUUUUAAUUCCAUUUUCUCUCAAUGUGUUUUAUUACUGAAGAAAAAAAAAGUAAAUAGGUCAGGGAAUGUGUCAUCCAAUACUUAUGCAGUGUACAUGCAAAUUUAUCGAUUGUUUAUUCUUCCUGUGGCUUCAAUAAGGGAGAUUAAAAGGCUAAUUACGACAAACUCCAGUAAUAUAUGUAUUCUAAUUCUCCUUUUUUGCCGGAGGAAAAUUUUCUGUCCUAGGCAUUUCUGGUUUUAUUAAAGAGUAAGGUUUAAGGAUCAAAUUUCUGAAAUGUGCAUCCGUGCUGCAGCUUCCAUAUGGGAAAUUAGAAGGCUAAGCACACCACAAUCUAAUAACCAAAAAUGUCUUGUGACACGAAUGUUGGAGAUACACUGCAGUUUCUGGGACAGGUGGAAGAGAAGCCACUACUCAAAUUUUGAACGGACAAUUCCCUUUGCUAUGCUGUGCCAAGUUGCAGGUACAUAAAUUUUCACGUCACUUAGUAAUUAUUCUGCUCUUUCAUCAAGCUGAAGUUUAUACUUCAUGUGGUAAUUGAAUGAAAAUGCAUCAAGUCCUGAAGCGCAUUCAUGUGGUAUUUCUCAUCUCCUGUGAUUCAUUUAGUAGAUGGAAAAAAUCACAUCUAUGAAGCAACCAUCCUUGUCUGCAUAAUAAAAACCAUUUUUUCUAUGCUGUUAUGAAGCGUAUUCCACUUUAUAUAAUAAACUGUUAUGCAAACCCCAAGAGGCCGCUACCAAAGAUUGAGUGGGCAACUCAUUCCAUGCCAAGUUGCAUGUUGCUUUCAUCGAACUGAAGCCUGUACAGGGAAACUUGAUGGUUGACCACAAAAUUUAAGUACUAAAAAACAUUGAAGUCAUGGACAUUUGACAGUAGAACUCCUUGCUAAUCAGACUGCCAAUUUUUCAUCAGAAUCAUCAAAAUCCCAGCAUCCCUCUUCUCUUCAAAUGGAUGAGAUAAAAUGACUUCGAUUUGAAUUGAAAAAAUUGAUGUCAGCAGUGUCACAAAAAUCAUUGAUAUAGCCUACUAAGUUCCAGUAUGUUGGAAUUAGAGCUCCUUCUAGAGAUAUUUAUAAUAAUUGGGUAAUGGACUCUCUCCACAUUACCGGUCCCUCCUAGCCUCCUUAGAUAGCAUUAACAUUUUUAAAAAUGUCUCAAAAACUCUAUCCAAGACAGAGUGGAAACAAGCUAUAAAUGAUGAAAUGAGAGCCCUAGAAAAAAAUCAAAUAUAGGAUAUGGUGGAAUUGCCAAAGGAUAAGACGGCGGCUGGUUGUAAAAUGGCUGUACAUUAUGAAGAAUAAAUCACAUGGCUCAAUUGAGAGUCAUAAAGUUAGGCUGGUGGCUAAAGCUAUACACAAGCUUAUGGUAUUGAUUAUCAGAAAACCUUUUGCACCUAUGGUAAAAAUGAAUACGAUCAGAUUUUUGUUAUCUUUAACAGAAAAUUUCAGUUGGAACAUAUAAAAAUAUUAAAAAUAUGAUAUUAAAAUAGUUUCCUACAUGACGAUUUUGUUGAUAAAGUUUAUAUGACUUUUCAUCAAAUAUUGUUUGUAAACUAAAGAAGUCUAUCUAUUAACUCAAAUAGUCACCUGGAGCCUGGUUUAGAUGAUUUUAGAGGCAAUAAAAACUAAAUUAUUGCUAAGGUAAUGAUGACCAUACCUUAUUUUUGAAACACUCUUCUCCAGAGGGAGUAAUGAUUCUAUUAAUAUAUGUUGAUGAUAUCAUCAUCACAAGAAAUAAUAGAAUAGAAAUACAUAACAUAAGCCACUAUUUGUCUAAGAAAUUUGAUCAAAACAUUGGGAUAGCUUAAAUAUUUUUUGGGGAUCAAAGUGGCUCACUCUUCUAGAGGUACUUUUAUCUCUCAAUGCAAAUACAUAAUAGAUUUGUUCAAGGAUACAGGGAAAUCUGUGUAUCAACUAGUUAAUACACAUAUUGAUCCAAAUCACAAAUUAUGCCUAGCAGAGGAAGAAACUUCUAUUGAUUGUGAGAUAUAUCAAUGUCUCAUUAGUCGGUUACUUUAUAUGAUGCACACUCGACCAGAUAUCUCGUAUAGAGUGGGUAUAUUAAGGCAAGUUAUAUAUCAACCAAAAGAAUGUCAUCUACAUGUAGCCUAUCUAGUAUUACAUUACUUGAAAGGCAUAGUGGGUAGAUGAGCCCUCUUCAAAUUAAGUGGGAAGCUAGAAGUUGAAAUGUUUACAGACCUUGACUAUGUAGGGUCAAUGACUGAUUGAAGGUUGACAUCUGGACAUCCCACAUUUAUUGGAGGCAACCGUGCUAUAUGGAAGAGUACAAUACAGAAGGUGAUUGCUCAUUUAAGUCCUAAAGUUGAAUUCAGGGCACUUGCCCAAGGUGUAUGUGAGUUACUUUGGGGGAAAUAUUACUUAAUGAGUUAAAAAUAUCUCUUACUGGUCCCAUGAAACUCUAUUGCGACAAUAAGUUUGUAAUUAAUAUUGUGCAUAAUCUUGUACAGCAUGAUCAUACCAAAUAGAUGGAGGUUGAUCAUCAUUUCAUUAAAGAAAAACUGAAGGCAAAUUUGAUUUGUAUGUCAUACAUCUCGACACACAAUCAACUAGUGGAUAUGCUUACUAAAGGCAUCUCAAACACACAACCACAAAAGAUUAUCUAUAAGCUGAGAAUGAAUGACAUCCACUUGCCAGUUUGAGAGGGAGUAUUGAUGGGAUGUGUCGAUAGUAUCUUUUGAGUUAUGUGACUAGGUGUUUUUAGAACUUUCUGGGUCUGUGAUUUCCAACCCCUUUGAAAUGUAAUUUUGUGUUCCUUUCUAAUAAGAGAAUAUUUUCUCUCCAUAAGCUCUGACGUCACUAUUCAGCAUACCAGACCUGAUUUUAUCUUCAACAAGUACUAAAUUGAAUAUCCUCUUCGAAAGGAAAACAUGAAGAGAUGUGGAAAAAUGGAAGACCAAUGAAUCACUCUUUUUUUGGCAUCAUACAUCAAUAUUAUAAAUAAAAGUGAAGAAAGAUGUGAAAAAAAGUUCCUUGUCGGACCAAAGUGGUAUUUUUCAUUGGUGGUGGUACUUCUUCUUAAAGGGGAACGGUACAUUUGUAGCCCAAGCUUUCCUUUGUAGAACUCCACUCUCCACUUCCCCAGUAUAAUUUUUACAAAAGAUUGAACUGAAAUUCGUCCUUUUGCUUCCUCUUUUCACAAUAUUCUUUGUCCACUGUAUGGAGUUAAAAUUGGGAAGAUCGCCCAUAAUACUGAUUAAAUCAUCUUUCUGUGUGCUCGAUUUCUCAUCAAGUGUAUCUCUCACACUAGGCUGAGAUUUUAUGUGAAAGACAUUUUUACCUUUAUCUUAAGUCUUAGAUCCUCUUAAAAAUGUCUCUUUGCAGCAAGUUUGUGCACCGAGAACAUUCCCAGAACCAGAUACACUUACCAGUGCUCAAGUGAAGUGAGGAUGAGACCUGAUUAAUGAUACCACUAAAUUAUAACGAACUACAAAUUGACGACUCAGAUAAUCUCUUUACAAUACAGAGUACAUUCUUUUACAAUUCUUAUCUACUAAUUUUCAUCUCUACCACCUAAAUUUCAUAGCUCAAUUUUUGAGUGAACAGAAGACUGUAAAAUGAACAAAAAAGAAAAGGGAGAGAGAUCAGAAGUCACAGGCAUAUACCAAUUGUAACUGUGAUGUGACAUCGGGCAAUGAAAUUGUAAUGAAGACUUCCUAGGAUCUGCAAAAAAAGCUGUUUUUCUGUUUUGUGCACUGGUUCCUGCAGGAGAGACACACGGACGUAAAGUAUAAAUUAUCUGUUUUUACUGGAAUUUUUUAUUUCAUUGAAUGAUUUGGCCAUGGAGUAAUAUUGACACAUCAAAAGCUAACGAUUUUUAAUGCCCUUUUUUCUUUUUGGUUAACCGAAGCCUGACUUCUCCCUGUUCUUAUCCAGGAUUAAAGGAAUAUUUUGGGGCUAAUCCAGCAUUAACAUUUGGUUCUUCGUUUGAAAUUGUUCGCUCAAAUAAUGUUGAUACUUCUACUCCUACUUCUGAAGUCGACGACCAAGAGGUUGAGGAAUUUUAUGAUGCCAUUGCAAAUGAUGGCUCUUUGGAUGAUGAAGAUAGUGAUGAUGAUGAUAAUGGUGCUUCCCACUCUAAGGUAAGUACACUUGCUUUUUACAAACAAAUUCGGGAAAAAAAUGAAUAACAAAGAUAUAUUAACUAUCGUAUUUCUCCCAUUGCAUAGUGGAGAUUGAAAAUUCUAAGCUAACAAUGCUGAUUUUUUUUCUGUUCAGGGUAGACGAUUGUCACUGAAAAAUGUUUCAUGGGCUAUUGCAAGCCUGUCUUUGAAGCGAAGCAAAGGUUCUCUUAAUGAUAUUAAGUGAUCUGCCAAUUAGUUUUGAGGAAUAGAACUGUUUCUGUGUGAAAAAACUGCUAAAUACUACACUAUGUGGCGAGUUAUAGAGUGGUGCAAAUGGAAUUCUGUCUCUACAUUCCCAGUUUAUUUUUCCUUGCAUAUCUUAAAACUUGAUGAGUGGGAGAAAAGAUGGUCUCCAUUUCUUAGCUUAGAUGUAAUCAUCAGAAGUUCUCUGAAUAGUUAAUAAUAUGGUGUCUGAUUACUUCAUAGAUUCAGGUACUUGGUUCGGUGGGUAGGUUGUAAGCGUUAGGUGUCAAACGUGCGUGCUUGUUCUGGUUGCAGCAUAUUUGGUUUUUUUCUGAGAAAAUUCGUCAGACAGGUCUGUUCAGUGGAGUGGAUUUAUCACAGAAUCAGAUGAUUUCGGGCUGAUUCUCUUGUUUUGUUUUAGUGCAAUGUUGCUGACAUUUCCCCUCGUGAAAUUGAAUGUUGAAAUCCUCUUCCUUUUCUUUUUCCACCUUCUACUUACAUGUUGUUGCUCUCCUCCUGCGACAAUCACUACCACCUCAUUCUCUUGCAUGAAUAAUGUUGGUGGUUUAGGGGGUUAUUGUUUUGAAGACGGUGCCAUGCUUCUCAUGAAGAAAGAAAAGUAAAAGUAAAAAAUGGAAAGGGAAAGUUAGAGGCGAUGUGGCAGCAAAUGAGAGGAUAAGCUAUGACUGAUUUAGAAAAGGACCUUGGGCCUGCCAACCCUCAAUGUAAUCGUCUGUUUUUGUUCAUCACUUUGACCCGUAUGCAUAGCAACAAGGAAAACUGAUAAGCCUCAUUGGGAUCAUGUUGGAAAGUCCUAGUUAAAAAAAUCAGCCUAAACCGAAUUUGGAUUUAGACGUUUUUCUCAAGUCAUAGAAAAUGGGUAGAAAGGAAAGAGCUUCAUUCACCUAUCCUCCACGUGUACUUUUUCAUUAAAAAAAGCAUUCUCAACUCUUUCGCCAGUGGAAUUUCUGUAUCCUCGCUUAUAAUACCCAAAAGAUGGUCUAGGAGUAUUAGAAGAACUACCGUGGCUUGGGUUAUGGUCUGAAAUCAUUGAAUAUAUAACGGAUUUGGUCCUUACCUAAUUUGAGAAUACUAUAGUCUAGUACUCUAAGUUGUCUACAUGACCCCAAUCCGGAAUUUAUUAUGCUGUUCUUGGGAAAUUCUACUAGUUGCUCGCUGUUUUUUUAAUAUUCAGCAUUUUCAACUGAUCGCUCUAUAUGUUUUAUCCCUUAUUCAAACAGAUUUAGCUAAAAGAAGUGAGCUAGACUGCAGUGUGCCUUCAACAACUAUUGAUCUCAAAGAAUUUCGGGGUUCAUUGGACCAUGGGAAAGGUGCUAAUGUUACAAAUUGUUGGGCUGAGCCAGGUGGCGACGAAUUUAUGAUAAGAGGAAAGACAUACCUGAAUGACUUCUGUAAGGUUAGUAGAUUUUGCGUUUGCAAAACUCGGCACAUAAGCUGAUGAACCGGUGUAUAACUUGGGCUGUAAGAUAUGCUAGGUUAAACCAAAUUGUAUUUCAAUUACCAUGCUAGGGGCCGAUAAUUUCAGUUGAUGCAUUUCUAUUAAAAGUAAUUUACAACAAGUGUAAAGUUUUGAGCUGUGUGAAUGCCUUCUUGAUGGGUGGAAAUUUCAUGCUUGAAUUCGAGAACUAUCACCUUUUCACUUUCUUUCCCUUUUUUAUUUAUUUCUUUUCAUUGUCUCACAUAAGAUUUGUGAGCUGAAAUUGUGGAUUCAUAAUUUUUGGAAUGUAAAGAAAGGUUGAAAUGAUAUAUUGAGGAUCAUGUUCAUAGGCCUUAUCCUGUCGAUCUAAGUUGUUUGAUAUGUAUAACAUAUCCGCGAAGUACUUUGAUCAUUUUGGUUUCCAGCUGUCAGCCCAAUAUUGAGACAAUGAGGAUUUUCUUUUCUGUUUAUGAAGCCUCUUGUUUGCCGUUUAUUAAAAAAAAGUAGUAUGAGCCAAAAAAAAUUCCUUUCAAUAGAAAGGUACAAAGUAGAAUAAUCUUUGGACGAUCAAAGACCAUUUCAACUUUAGAAAAAAAAUCUAGAGUAGCCAUACUUUAUGCUACAUGUGUGGCUUUUUUGAAUAACUAUGUGUAUCAUUCUCAUUCUCGAAUGAGGAGACCCUUUUGGCUUUUAGAAGAUACAAGUAGUAAUCAGAUUCUGGAUACAGAGCGCUGUAAUGUAUGCGGAAGUAUCCUGAAUAUCUAUGGAACUUCUUCUUAUCUAGCCCAUUUAAAGCCCAACUGAUAUGGACCAGAGGCCCAAGAAGCAUGAAGAUGAAAGCUGGCCCAAUAAAAAAAAAUCUACAAUAAAACGCAUGUUAACAGCAUCCAAAUUUAGUUUUUUCACUUUUAUUUUCGUUUUCCUUUUUAGUCAUUUCGAAAUUAUUUGAAUGGGCAGAUAUUUAAAUUUUAGGCGCCUAAUAAUAAAAGUUCAUUUUUUUAGGGGCGUCAUAACUGAUUUUCGGCUUAUUUAAAGGCCAUCCCUUGUAGUCCCAAAGACAUUCAAUUAAUUCUACAUUUUACCUUCUUUUGAGAUUUUAUCUCUGCUGGUGGAUUAUGGCGAUUUUUCUGUGGAUUCAGGGGAACCCUUCUGUUCUUUUGGAUUCAAGAUCAACCUCUUGUGAAUUCAAGGGUUGAAGCUUCCAAAUUUUUUAGAUUCUAGAUGAAGAAUCUUCUACAUAAUCACAUUCUUGUGGAUUCAAGGACGAGAUUUCAACUCCGUGUAACUGAGGCUGCAUCAUUUUCUCCGUUGAAAUAGUUAAGCUUUUCAAGGUUGUCUUUUGCUGAUAUAACCAUUAAAGUGAAAAGGAAAGGAAGGUGAAAGCACUGGUUCAUGACGUAGUGUUAGAAUAUAAAUGGAAUUAUGUGUGUUAUAUAAUACACUAUCAAGGACAUUGGCAUUCUUAAAUAGUAAUAUUCUUCAGUUUUCGUGGGUUGUUUCUUGCUGAAACUUACCUGAAACAUCAAAUAAGUGGACUAUAUGGAUUAUUUCACCCAAUCUAAAUUUUUGAGUCAGAAGAUUUUCAUAAACUGAUUCUUGGUUGUGGAAUUUUUUCUCGUGUAGGUCCUCCUCAUUAAUCUUCUUCUUUUUCAGCAAAAAGAAGUCUUGUUUCUUUCAGAAAUUUAACAGAAAUAUAAAAUAUUUCAAAUACCAUAAACUGGGUACUACUAAUUUGAGGUCUUCUUCUGGUUAGAACCUCUUCCGUUUUGUUUUCUGGCUCUGUGGUCAUAAUUGGAUCUUGAUCCCUUCUUCAAUAUCCUAGCCUUGUCAAAGACCUGAAAACCAGAAAUAAGUACAAUAGUAACCUAUCUUAUCAAAAGAUUAGAGUUCAUACCCUCCUGACACCAUGGAAAUAAGGUGGUAUGUUACCCAUUAUUCGAGAUAAGCUGUCGUGACUAAAUGUUCUCUCAAAUGGUCUGUUUUAGCUUCACUAACGAUAGACAGAUGCCCUCAGGGACUUGUCUAAACCUAGACUGAUGGAUGGCCCCUUUUUUAUUGACUGUAUCCUUGGAAUAAUUGUGGGAUUUCAGGUGAUUGAUACUGUACCUGUCUGUAGAAGGUACAUGGUAUGAUAUGGAUGAACUUCUGCACUUCUCUUCGCUUUAUUUAUGACACUGCAUGCUAAGAGGAACAUCACUUGCAUUAUCCUCUAGGUGAUAGAUGGGCAAUUAUUUUUCUCGUAUUUAUUACUGAAGUAAACUAUACAACUAUUAAUAGCUUCAUAUUUUCAGAAGUAUUUCUGGAGCUUAACCAUAUGCUUUGGUGCUCUCAGAUUACGGGAGGAGACCCCCUUUUAAAACUGAUUGCAGUUGACUGGCUCAAGUCUGACAACUGCAUAAAUCAGGUUGCACUGCAUCCAAAAUGCCUUGUUCAGGUGAAGAAAUAAUACUUGUGGAGUUUUUCUCAGCAAAAAAAUUGACAUCUGAUGAGGUGUAUCGGAAAAAGUUUCCCUUCUCUGUAUUUUAUGAAAUAAUUAUUUCUUUAUCCCAUAUACAAUUUUAUUUUUUUUCGCCGGAGGUAGAUUCUGAUGGGAUUUGAGUGUGACGUUGGAGAUUCAUCAACGUAAUUUUUUUCUGGUUUGGAUGUUAUCUGAGAGGGAUCUAUACAUAGGUGUAGUUGACCUCAUUUGAUUGUUGAAAUACUUCGUUGAUUCAUCAGUAAUCCAUGUAUCCUAUAUAACUGUGUUGUAAUAUGCAGGAACCAUUCCACCAUCAUACGUUACAUGUCACCUUGUAUACAACCAUAGUUGCCAAACUUAAUCUAUCAUGGUCCAUUUAUUGGUUUUUGAUUUAAAAGUGAUGCGACAUGCAGAGAUUAGAGUUCUACUUUGUCGACUGCUUUGUGAAAUGGAACUAUAUGCUGAUGAUUUUAUUUUAUUUUUUCAGUCAGAAGCAGGAAAGAAGCUUCCGUUCAUUCUCAUCAUAAACUUACAGGUGUAUCUCCUGAUCAUUUACCUUCAGCUUAAAUUCCAUUUUAUCAUUUUUAAACUUUUCUGAACUCACGUUAGGGGGAUGAUAAUUUGACACUUGGUAAUGUUGUCAAGUAUUAUAUCUCAAGGCUAAACCUAUAGUUCAAUAGUCAAUAUAUUAGUCGAAAAAAAAUUAUGCAGUUCAAGAGUGAAUCGUCAUAAUAACCGCUGACUUUGGAAGAGGCUUAUAAAGGAGCUAAUUCUGGAUACUCUGGGGAUACGAAUUGUCCAUAUCAAUGGAUAUCCAGGAAAAAAUAGUGGGCUUCUUUCUUGUUGUGCAUGGCUGAUUUAGGGACGUGUUUAUGAUAUUUUGAUCACUGAUGGACCAGAAUCUUAGUCAUUAUCUAAUAACUUUCUCAGGUUCCUGCAAGACCAAACUACAGUUUGAUCAUGUACUAUGCAGCUGACCGACGUGUACAGAAAGACUCCUUGCUGGGAAGAUUUAUCAAUGGAUCUGAUAUGUUUCGGGAUGGAAGGUUCAAGCUAAUUCCGAGUAUUGUCGAGGUUUGAACUGCUAUUUUUUGUCUUACAGAAUCAUUUAACGUCCUCAACAUGCUAAGUUGAUGAAGCAUCAACCAAGAUUUGGUCAUGCAUACUCUGAAUGCUUAGUGAAUCACUCAGAAGACUAUCAAACCGAAAAUGCUAUUUCAUCUGUUCUUGAAGUUUUUUAUUCCACGGUGGAGUGGAAGAUAUUUAAUCGUCUUUCAUUUUAUUUAUCUUCCAUGGAACUAUUUCACAAUAAGCGAAUGAAUGAAUCAUCCAGGGAUACUGGAUGGUCAAGCGUGCAGUUGGAACAAAGGCCUGUCUCCUGGGGAAAGCAGUGACAUGCAACUAUCUGCGUCAAGAUAACUUCUUGGAGGUGAUUUCUCCUUGGGCCAGCCUUCUCUAUUGCAGCCCUGUUGAUCUGGCUUCACUCAGACAGUUCUCCUGGGAUCAUCCCUCCACUUUUCACUCUGUGGCUUCCCUCGCCUUCUGAUAUUUCCCUUGUGAAAUGUGUAGAUUGAUGUCGACAUUGGCUCAUCCUCCGUUGCCAGGAGCAUCAUGAGCUUAGUACUCGGCUACGUCACAAGCCUGACCGUUGACUUGGCAAUUCUCAUUGAGGUUCCAAACGGUCUUAUCUUUUCACAUACUUCUGCUAGAAGCAUGCUAUGCACCAGCAAUAAUGGCUGCCUAAUCUUCCAUAUUAUUUUUUAUUCUAUGGAGAUAUAUCCUUCUCUUGUUGGUGCGCGCUCCUGGGCUGUGAUGGUACACAGAAGUUGUGGGCAGUCAACGCCCCAAUGCUUUGGGCAAAAUUCAUUUCCUGGGUUUGACUGCGCUGAUUUGUGUGAUGAUUAUUCCAUAGAACCAUGUCGCUGCUUUCGAGUUGACCGAAAGUCGCUGCUUUGAUGCUUCAGAGACUCCGUUUGGUAUUUUCUCUACAUGCAGCUGCUCAUGUUAUCUGCGGAAUGCAUUCCCAGAAUCAGCUGCUUGAUGGUCUGGGAUUUUGAUUCGGUUCGAUGUUUUCAAUAGUAAAGAAGAUUAUGCUCCUCUUCAUCCACCGGUCCUUGUGUUUUCGGUGGAAUGCAUUACCAAAAUUAGCUCCUCGAUGAUGUCAGUUAUUAGCUCUAGUGAUGUUGCUGACGAUGGGAACUCUCGCAGGCCAAGGAAGAAGAGGAACUCCCAGAAUACAUUCUCGGAACCGUUCGCCUGAAUCGUUUGAAGCCCGAUUCCGCUCUCCCAUUCUGA